UUUUUUUUUGUAAGCACUUCCGGUACCAGGUGAUACUCUAGGUUCAACUUAUAUUUUCCCUGCCCCAGGCCUAGAAUCACCUAGUUCUGCAAGGAGCCCUGGCUUCUUUAAUUGAAGAAUGGUAUUUAAAAACCAAGAUCUGGAUGCUAGAUACACUCACUGAUACUGGGGUGCCAAUGCUUAUAAUACCCCCUUGGUGGAGUUAGGAAAAAAUAUGAAUGUGUGUAUAUAAUGCAAACACACAUCUGUAUUUACCUGUCAUGUAUAAAUAAACCUCGAAUUCCAGUCUAGCAACACAGAAUUCUAGCCUCCCCCCCUUUCCUUAUUUGUAACUUCUCCCAAUGAGAAACCUAGUUGAUUAUCUAUAGUAUAUUUAUUUCUUGAACAAAUCAAUACAAAUAAAAAUAUUAAUACUUUCAGUUUCUAACUUGCACCCUUGUGAGAAACAAAUUUACCAACUAGAGUACUUUUUUUUGUGUGUGUCACAAAUAUGCAUCAGGAAUUUGUGACUAAAUUUAUUUACUAGGAUCCUAUUUGUAUCUAUAUUGUGAAGUUUUUGGGUUUCAAACAUACGAAUUAACCAUACCUCUCCUAUCACUGGAUUUUGCGUGAAACAAACAGAGAAGACAAAAAGUCUAAUGGGGAUCAGAUUAUCUGCUUUAUUGAUGUUAAAGCUAGAUUAAAGAGCAGUUUUGAUUGGAAGAAAAAAUGGAACUCCUGCUUUCCGGCAAGGCACACCUAGGACCAGCUUAUGGGAAGAACUGGGUGUACGGAGCACACUUAGUGUGUAAAUCUCCUUCAUGGCCCCUCGGCAAUGUUGCUGAACAGAACACAGGCAACUUUGACAAGUGAGGUAAACAAAUUGACCAAGCCUCUUCCCCCACAGGCAGAAAUGUGAAGAGCAAAAGAGACCUGCUGCCCCUGGAUGAAAAAUCAAUUUUAUGUUAAAAUUGCCAUGGUUAUUCUGAGGUGUUAUUUUAUGAGAACAUUUAGUAAAUGCCAGGAACUUAUUAUAAAAAUAUAAAUAGGAAACGCAAGCACAUUAUUUCUUACUGAAAGUGAUGGCCAUAAUACAUCCAGAGUCCUUGACCUAAAUAAACAUGCUUCUCAUUGAAGUGUAGUGCGUUCUUAGCAGAACGUUGGCUUUUUCUAGGGUAGAUGUCAAUGAAACAUCUAUACGUAGAUUACCGAUGUUACACAAAAAAGUGCAAAUAUACUGAAUAGCAAGAUUGGCUUGGUGGGUGGGAGAGACUAGAGAUGAAGAAAGUGACUAGUGGUGAGGAACAGAUAUGCAAGUGAGAAGAUGAGUAAGAUAGGAGGAAAUGUAAAGGACUGGUCAAAAACGUUUAUUGGUUUCCAUUAAUCUACCAAAUGAUCAGUACAUUAGGAUUCAUUUUAGCCAAAUCCCUCAGCCAAUGUACAUUAUUUCCAGCAAGAAACAAAAAAUGAUCAAAAUUGACAAAUGUUAAUAACUGUAGAAGGUAGGUGAUGAGUACAUAUAGGCUAAAAGAACUAUUUUAUUACUACGUAUGGUUUAACUAUGCAGUUAAGGGGAAAUACCCAAUAAAAACAAAUGCUAGGCCCCUGAAGGAGGGCUUGGCUACAGCCAGUUAGGAGACUAUGACCUUAAGGACAUGGGCCCCAACUUAAAUCUUAAACUUCAGAAUAGAACCCAGACCAAAUUCAGAAGGUGCAGUGCUCUAGAUCCCGUGACAUGGCACAGAUGUGGACGUGGCUCUUGUUUAAUUGCGAACAUCCUGCCGAAGACUCCAUCUUCGUUGAAAUUGUAAAAUCUCCCUGCUUUUCAAAGGCUCUAAAUGCAAAGAAAGUGGCUGCUGGGUGGCUAUUAAACUGCCCAGGGAUCAAGACACAAAGGAAAACUAAAGCUCUAAUUCUGGAAGUCUUUGUCAGUUGGCUUUCCAUAUUUUUACUUUGGCUUCUAGAAUUAAAAUGCUUCCUUGUUAUGGAAAGAAAAGGUAAUUUUUUUUUCCUUCCAGAUGCAUCAAACUAACACUUGAGAAGUUCUCUAGAGGGGAAGGCCCAGGGACAGCUGUCCUCAAAUGGCCAGUCCUGCCACUAUGAAGGCUGUUAACUGGUAAAGAUAGCACAAUCAUGGCUUUAGCUGCCUAGCAGUUCUCACCCUCCAGGACCUCCCCUGCAGUCAGUUGACAAGGGGCAAUUACUGAGAUUAUAGCAGUGACUUGGGACAAGAGCUGAUAGGGAGGUUGUUUCCAGAAGCACACAGGUUUUUGAAACCCUAUUUCAGUCAGCAAGAGACUGGAUGGCUUCUUGCGUUCUAGCCCAAGGACAUGCCAACAUAGUGCAGUGUGUUCCUCACUAGCAGUCCUGGGGUAGACUUAGGUAAAAGUCUAAUUGGUAGCAUCACUGUAUAUAGGUUGAAAUGCAAUCUUAGAUAUAGUAGUUUUAAUAUAGUAAGAUUGUCAUGUUUUUUAAAUGUAGCAGCAUUUUUGGAGGAAAUAUUUACCCAGAAGGAAAAGUGUUUUUAGUCUCUUCUUUAGCCAAUAACUUGGCACAACAUGGAUAUUGGGGUUUCCUCUUGUUAAGACAGCACAUGAUAUAAGAGUAAUAUCUAGAAGCUGUCCCUACUCCGGGGCGGGGGUCAUGACGAGCAGCAAGAUGCUAUCCACCAGCAGGACUGUUCAGGUAGUCAAGCCACAUACUCCAUUAAUAAGUUUCCCUGACAGACGUGACAACCCUAAACCCACUGCAUCAGAAGCUUUGAGAUCAGGAGGAAUAGCAUCACACUCCUCUGCAAUGUCCCAGCAUUCCAAGGGGUGUAAAUCACCAGAUUUGCUGAUGCAUCAAGGUUCGCCAGACACUGCAGAAAUAAUGAAGACGUUACCUCAGAAAUUCAAAAGGAAACUUGUGUCUCAAGAAGAAAUCAAAAUGAUCUCACGUGGAGGUAGAAUAAUUACUGACAAUGUGGCUGCUGUCUGUCAUCAGACAAAAAAAAUUAUCUUUACAAUAAAGGACUUCCAAAAUGACAAAUGAGAAACUGUACAUUAGACAACUUUAAUGAAACAGUCCACAAAUAAUAGAAGGUUUAGAUGGACACUGAUAUAUCCUAAUUUACAUAUCUGGGUCAGCUUCUCCACAAGCUUACCUAACCGUUUAUAUACUUUAUACUUAUUAAAGUAUACCUUUUUAAAUGGUAAUAAAGAAAAGAAUAAUAACCAAAUAUUAGAUAAUAACAAGUGUUGGUGAGGUUUUGGAGAAAUUGGAAUUCUCAUACGCUGCUGGUGGAAAUGUGAAACAGUGCAGCCACUGUAAGUCUGGCAGUUCCUCAAACAGAGUUACUAUGUGAUCUAGAAAUUCCACUUCUAGGUAGGUAUAUUCCCAAGAACUAAAAACAUGUCUACAGAAACUUGUACAUCAGUGUUCACAGAGUCAUUAUUCAUAAUGGCUAAAAAGGGGAAACACCCUUAAUGGCCAUCCACUGGUGGAUGAAUAAGUAAAAGGGGAUAUAGUCAUACAAUGGAAUAGUAUUUACCAAUAAGAAGUAAUGAAGCACCUUUACAUGCUACAAUAUGGAUGGACCCUGACAAUACUAUGCUGUCAAAGAAGCCAGUCAGAAAGGACAGCUUAUAUGAUGCCACUUAUAUGAUAAGUUCAGAAUAGGCAAAUCUAUAGACAGACGUUAGAUUAGUGGUUGGUUGCCCAGGGCUG